UAUAUAUACACAUUGCUGAUGUUUUUGUUGUUGUAUACAUUUAAUGUUUUUGCCUUAAAAAUAAUUAACAUUUCGUGUACAUAAAUUUUUUGUCAGCGGUGAUGGUGGGUUUUACUGAAAAGUUGUUUGUUAAAUAUUGCCUAAAAAGUCAACAAAGAAACGGUGCUGAUAGUUGCAACAUUCAUUGUUAUAUAUUUGUUUUUAAAUUGUCAAAAUUAAGUGAAUCAGGUGGCUCAGUUCAUUGCCAGAAAUCAGAAAAACUAUUCAGAGUGCAACAAUGGAACAAAAUGUUACUUAAAAGUUAUAUUUUUUAUAGAAGUGUCAGUUUUGAGAUAUGGAAAUAAAACACGACAAAUUACAACCUUUGAAACUUAUAGAUUUUUGUGUACUACGUACAUCUUUUUAUGUUACAAAUCUACUGGCGGAUAGUUUUAAAAUCAAAUCAUAAACAAUGGAAAAAGACAAACGGGAUUGUUUAUCUAAAACUAAAUCUUUAUGAAAGAAGAAAUAUUAACUUAUUAUGCUAAAGAUGUUCUACUUUAUGGAAAGAUACUUUAUGGAAAGAUAGAGGUCAAGUCGUUUGUCAUCUGUCAGUUGGUAAAUACAACAUGUAUAUGUAUAUAUAUAUAUAUGUCUACACAUCAAAUAUUUCUUGAUGGUUACUUACAAUUGGAUCUUUUUCAUUAAUUUUUUUAAUUUAGAUACAUGAAAAUGGACCAUGUGAUUUUUGUAAUGCCCUCUUUUACAUAAUCUUUGCAAAAUCAACAGCUAUUAUCUCUCUGAACAUCAGUUUAAUAAGGAGUUGUUGAGUGAAUCAUAGUUAAAGAGGGUGUAAUUAAUACAGUCAUAUAACUCUUAAUUGAGGAACCAGGUCAUACAGGAUUUUUAUAGUACUUAAACAGAAUGAUUUAUUUUUAUAAACGUGCAUAUGAACAGAGUGUUAAAUGACAUGGACCAACCCAGAAGAUAAAGCUUGAUUUAUUUUCAUGUCUGCUGCUUGCGCAUUGGAAUGCAUCUUGUUUUAUACAGACACAAAUCCCAAACAGGCACAUGCAGAAUUAAACGUGUAAAAUUUGCAGUCCCAAGUGAGAAGAAUUCUCCAACAUAUGGAUGGAGGGAUUACAUGGUGUGAAAACUACAUGUCAAAGAAAGCUUAACAGAAAAUAACUCAAGAUUUUGUGCUUCAAAAUUGGUUGAGGAUAGAAGUAUGGUUCACAGAAAUCUGCUGUAUGGCUUGGCUGGUGCACUGGUGCUGAUGGCGCUCUUGAUAAUGCUGCCAAAGAAGUUUGAAAUGCUGAAGACAAAUGGUGAACCAAACCAUUUACCAGAACCAGCCAGUAAAAAUAACCAGCAUCAGACAGAGGUCUCAAGGGAUCAUCUGCAUUUGGCACCAUCUAUUGACAACCCCCUGUCUCCUCCUUGUGGGGAAGUCUGUGAUUUUUCCAUCCACAAAAGCAAAGGAAUGUCUUUUGUCAAGAAGAAUUUUAAUUGUCGUAACAUAUUUCUGAGACUUAAAUACCCUCCUGGAAAAGUGUAUAAACCACCUCUACGAGAGCCACCUACAGAGCUUUUGGAUGCGUUCACACAAAAUGGAGACAUGGCACUGGGAUCUUUUUACAUGGAUGGCACAACGGCUUCUAAGGGCUCCGUGUUCAAGAUAGAGGACAUGAACAAAUUAAUCAAAGACGAUAAAGAGCUAAAAAUGAUUGGAAGUUACGGAAAAGAGAGUGCAAAGUUUAAGAAUGGUCUCAGCAAAUACAAAUCUGAACUGACGGGCAAGUCUGGGAUAGUGAUUGGGAGUAUUCGUCCUUGGAUAGAAGUAAUGCUCAUAAACAUGGGUGUCAAGCAUGUGACAACAGUAGAUUAUAAUUCUGUCAUAUUUGAGCAUCCUCAGAUAUCGUUUAAACUGAUGCCAGACUUGGCAGACGAAAGUAUAAAAAAUCAGCCACCCCAGUUUGAUUUUGCUGCAUCAUUUUCUUCCUUAGAACACUCAGGACUUGGUCGCUAUGGCGACCCUAUUAAUCCGUAUGGUGAUUUUGAAGCUGCAGCGCAAAUAUGGUGCAUGCUUAAGCCUGGUGGGUUAUUUUUUCUUGGUGUUCCUGCUUCAUUUGGAAAGAGAAAAGGGACGCUGGAGUAUAAUGCACAUCGUAUCUACGGUGAAGCUCGUAUCGAGCAACUCACGGCAAACUUUGAGGAAAUUUAUAGGUUUCAUACUGGUAUUCACGGUGUAUUUGUGUUGAGAAAGCGAGUGUGAUCAGAUCGCCCUGAGGUUCAGAGCCUGUAUUGGAACCUCUCUGAAUAUCAGUACUUUAAAACUGCAUUAGAUCAAUGAAUCUGUGAGUGGGGAUUAUUGAUAAUAUAUGGAAAUCAUUGGCAAGGAGGAAGAUGUACUCUUCAUGCACAUUAAAUACAAUAAAGUUAUCUGGUUUGCAGAACUGAAAGUGGUGUGAUACACCAAAAAGUAAUUAAAAAGCAAAAAAAGUAAAAUAUGGAUUUGAUAGCAUGGCGUCAAACCAGAAGUGAUGAGGUGAACUGUCUCCUGUUUAAGUGGCUCUUGCUCCCCCUCAGGGACAACAUUUAUCAUUAUGCCUAACAUGAUACGACCAGAUAUGACUCCCAUAAUUUUAAACUCCCUCACUUCAUCUCAUAAGUUUUGAUAGUAUGUCGUCCAAAUUUGCAUAAGAAUUUUGACAUGUUACAGUUCUCUCACCAAGACUUGCGUCAUAAAAUAUUUAAUGCAAAUGGUGAUCUAAGUUAAGUAUAAUGUUAUCUGGCAUUUUUCACCUCAGCUAUUUAGUUUGAAGAGUUGAUAUUUAACUGGUAGGUGCCCUUCUUCAGGUACUGAAAAUAAAAGUUACUAAUUUUAACUGAAAAGGCCUAUUAGUAACCUUUCCUUUUUAUU